CUCCACGCACAAGUAUGGCGGUCUGAGUUGUGACAGCUAUGUUUUGAUGGUGUAAAUAAUACUUGUUUCCAUUUUCAAAACAAACGUUCCUUGGAAUUUGCAUUUAUCUAAAUUAAUAACCACAUUGCGACCAAGACCAUCAUGCCGUCCAGCUGUGACUCUCUGAUUGAAGACAUAGAAGACAUGGUGUCCUCUAGUGACCCCACUCCUCAUGAGAGACAAUCUGCUAGAAAGAGUAUCAUACCAAGGUCCAGGAAGAAAAAAGAAGCUUUGAUCAAUGAGGAACUCCAAGCUGACAGUUUGAUCCCUGGCACCCAAAAGAUCUGGAUGAAAACGUGGGGCUGCAGUCACAACAACUCAGAUGGAGAGUACAUGGCUGGGCAGCUGGCUGCCAGUGGAUACAAGAUGAUUGAUGACCCAACAGAAGCAGACCUGUGGUUGCUCAACAGCUGCACUGUGAAAAACCCUGCAGAGGACCACUUCAGAAACUCAAUCAAAAAAGCCCAGGAACAGCAGAAAAAGGUGGUAGUAGCAGGUUGUGUUCCCCAGGCCCAGCCACGGAUGGACUACCUCAAAGGACUCAGUAUCAUUGGGGUCCAGCAAAUUGAUCGAGUGGUUGAAGUAGUGGACGAGGCUGUUAAAGGCCACUCAGUUCGUCUGUUGGGUCAGAAGAAAAAUGGAGGCCGGAGGCUUGGUGGAGCUAGACUGGACCUUCCCAAGAUCAGGAGGAACCCUCUCAUUGAAAUCAUCUCCAUUAACACUGGGUGUCUGAAUGCGUGUACCUACUGUAAGACUAAGCAUGCCAGAGGAGACUUGGCCAGCUAUCCCAUUGAGGAACUAGUGGAGAGAGCCAGGCAGUCUUUCCAGGAGGGAGUGUGUGAGAUCUGGCUGACCAGUGAAGACACAGGAGCUUAUGGCAGAGACAUAGGAACUGACCUGCCCACAUUGCUGUGGCGAUUGGUGGAGGUGAUUCCUGAAGGAGCCAUGCUGAGGCUGGGUAUGACCAACCCACCAUAUAUCCUGGAACACCUAGAGGAAAUGGCAAAGAUAUUGAAUCACCCGCGGGUCUAUGCCUUCCUUCAUGUUCCCGUGCAGUCAGCCUCAGACAGUGUACUGAUGGACAUGAAGAGAGAGUAUUGUGCCGAUGACUUCAAAAGAGUGGUGGACUUCCUCAAAGAGAGGGUCCCAGGUAUAACCAUCGCUACAGAUAUAAUCUGCGGUUUUCCUGGCGAGACGGAAGAAGACUUCCAGGAGACAAUAGACUUGGUGAAAUGCUACCGAUUCCCCAGUCUCUUCAUCAACCAGUUCUACCCCAGACCUGGUACACCUGCCGCCAAGAUGGAGCAAGUACCAGCACAUGUGAAAAAACAGAGGACUAAAGAGCUGUCACAUCUCUUCCACUCUUACAACCCCUACGACCACAAGGUAGGGGAGAGGCAACAUGUGUUGGUGACAGAAGAGUCAUUUGAUGCCCAAUACUACGUGGCUCACAACAAGUUCUACGAACAGGUGCUGGUACCUAAGAGGGCCGAGUUCAAAGGGAAGAUGAUAGAAGUGGACAUUUACGAGGCAGGAAAACACUUCCUCAGAGGCCAGCCAGCAGAAGACAGUAAGCCGUUCACUCCAUCCAUUGCUGCACCACUGCGGAAAGGACAGGUGUCUGGCCUGAUGCAGCGGAGAGCAAUCAGCCAAGUCCCCCACCAAGACGAACAGAUUGCCAAUGGUAUUCAAGGUCAUGCUGCUAUGCCCUGUUCGUCUGUUUUGCUGAUCGGCUCCUACAGUCUAGACAGGGAAGCAGUGAAGAAGCUGGGGAUCGGACUCGCACUGGCUGCAGCUGUCUUGGCCUUUAUCGUGGAGAAACUGUUCUGAUGGAGCAACACUGUGCUAGAAAAGGGUUGUCAACACGGGAGAGGACAGUGACAUCAGAGGAGCCCAAACAGUGUGUUUGAUGCUUUCAUUCAAUUUUUUUAAUGAACCCAAAGUGAAAACAGAGGUGUGGUAGUGAUGCCCUACAGAGUCGACGUUUAUUUUAUUUGUUCUGUGAGACUCAUGUUUUUAGUACAGGUAGAGUUUUACUUUUUAACUAAAGGACAGAGUUCACCACUUUUCAGGCGUUUUACCCUGUUUACUCCAAAUGAAGUGAUGUCAGUGUCUUCUCCUGUAAAUGAAGUAGGAGUAACCACAUGGGCAAUGACAGGUCAGCAGUCUUUACAGACACUUUUUAUAUAAGCCCCUUUGUUACAAAUUACAUCUCAUCUCCCUAGAUUUAAAUCGGAGUCUAUUUCAAGCACCGACUCUGUUUCAGAUUUGUGUUUCAUUAUGACAGUUGAACAUUUUCCAAGUGUUUCAUGAACAUGCUUCAUGUACACUGUGUCUAUUGUUCACUGAUGACUGCAGCCUGACAUUGUCCAUAGAAUGGUAAAUAAGUGUUUUGAAUCAUGUGUCUGGGUCUCUGUAGCUGUUUGACUGAUAAAUUAAAAACAGUUCAGCCAGUUGAAACUCUUGGAAAACACACUCUGGAGAUUAUGAUCAUCAGUACCAGAACCACAUCUGAGGAUGAACUGUCAUUUUGCAGCUUGCUGAGUUGCAGAGUGAUUGUUAGGUUUUACUGGAUAUUCCAACAUAUUUUUUAGCGGUACUGGGCGUGUAGGUUUCCAAAUAUUUAGUGCUACAGAGUAGCCCAGCCCUCUUUUGGUGGAUUGAAUUGUGCUUACUUUACAGUAUGUGUUAUUUUAUUCUGUAGAAAGGAGUAACACUCUGUACAAUACUCUGAUGAAAGGUAAUUUGUAUCCUUAAUUUCAAAGUAUUUAUUUUUCAAUAAGAGACAUGGACAGUAUAUAUUCAGAACUACAUAAUGAAUGUCUUUGAAGUUGUUUUACCAUGUUGUUCUUUCGUUAAAGUUAUUGUUCAACACAGUUUUGUUCGUUUCAUUUAUGCUUUUUGCCUAAUACAGGAAAGUCAAAUGUAAUUAAAUCCUGAUGUAUGUCUUACCCUACCUGAUUAGUUAUAACUGGUAAUUGGCCAAGUGGACAGUGGUGACUGCUGGGACUGAUGGUCAUUACUGACCCUUCAUUUUUUUCCUACAGAACACCACAGAUGCAAUGUGAUUUAUUUGUUUGUAUGUGAUGACCUGCUCUGGUGCCAACGUAAGGGUUGUUUCAUAUUUUCUGUAGCUGAGUUUUCUGCUGCCACCCCAAUACAAGGAAUGUCCCUGCCACUCAUGAUAUCAUUGGUUUUCAUAGGGAUUAUGACUUCAAUAGAAAUAUGUUCAUAGGGAGAUCUGUGGAUCAUCCAGACCACUACAAACUAGACUCAAAUAUUUUGUAUAGGGGUGGGAGCGGAAACCUCACAGGCAGAUACCCUGUGAAAUAACCGUUCUUUUGAUAUGUGGAUUACAUUUGGCGUAUGUAUAGUCUCAGUCUUUAUUGAGAGACUGUAUACUGCUUUUGGUUUUCUUGAUUAGCAUUGUUACAACCAUCAAAACUGGUUUAAUAAAGGACAAAAUAAAUUUUUCAUGAGUAAAAUGA